CCGCUGGCCACACUAAAUUAUCAAAGAGCACUGAGCAAGAAGAGGAAAGCAAAAGACGAAAAAAGUUAAUAUAUAAUAAUAGAAUUAUUAAACCGUGAUAUUUGCCAAAACAUUAAUUUCUUUUGCCUUGCACAACGACGGCAACGACAAACAGCGGCCAAGGACGAUUUGAAGAAGGAGAAGAAGUGAGGCAAGACAAACAGCAACAACAACCCUAAUUCCACAGCAGCAGCAACAGCAGAAAGAAGUGUGAGAGAAACAGGCGCAGAGAAACAGAGAGAGAGCGAGCGAGAGAGAGCGAUUGAAGUGAACCAUCAUCAUCAUCAUCAUCAACAAGAUGCCACUGUUUGGAAAAUCACAAAAAACGCCUGUCGAAUUGGUCAAGGCUCUAAAGGAGGCCAUUAAUGCCUUAGAGGCCGGCGACCGUAAAGUGGAGAAGGCUCAGGAGGAUGUUAGCAAAAAUCUGGUAUCUAUCAAAAAUAUGUUGUAUGGGAGCAGUGAUGCUGAACCGCCAGCCGAUUAUGUGGUCGCUCAACUGUCGCAGGAGCUAUACAAUAGCAAUCUGUUGCUUUUGUUAAUACAGAAUCUGCAUAGGAUUGAUUUUGAGGGCAAGAAGCAUGUGGCAUUGAUAUUCAACAAUGUGCUCCGACGACAAAUUGGAACGCGUUCACCAACGGUUGAGUACAUAUGCACAAAGCCCGAGAUAUUGUUCACUCUGAUGUCUGGAUAUGAAGAUGCCCAUCCUGAAAUUGCCCUCAAUUCGGGCACAAUGCUACGUGAAUGCGCCAGGUAUGAGGCAUUGGCCAAGAUAAUGCUCCACUCGGAUGAGUUUUUCAAGUUCUUCCGCUAUGUGGAGGUAUCCACAUUCGAUAUUGCCUCCGAUGCUUUUUCCACAUUCAAGGAGCUGCUGACGCGUCACAAAUUGUUGUGCGCUGAAUUUUUGGAUGCCAAUUACGAUAAGUUCUUUGCCCAGCACUAUCAACGACUUUUGAAUUCGGAGAAUUAUGUGACACGGCGUCAAAGUUUGAAGCUAUUGGGUGAAUUGCUACUGGAUAGGCAUAAUUUUACGGUGAUGACACGCUAUAUAUCGGAGCCAGAGAAUCUGAAACUGAUGAUGAACAUGCUAAAGGAGAAGUCGCGCAAUAUACAAUUUGAGGCGUUCCAUGUCUUCAAGGUCUUUGUGGCGAAUCCGAAUAAACCGAAACCCAUACUGGAUAUCCUGCUCCGUAAUCAAACAAAACUGGUCGAUUUUCUAACUAAUUUCCAUACGGAUCGCUCCGAGGAUGAGCAAUUCAAUGAUGAGAAGGCAUAUCUGAUUAGGCAGAUACGAGAGCUGAAGCCGCUGCCCGAGGCUUAGUUGAGAUCGAUCGAUGAACGAUGUGCAACGAGUGCAAGUUUGGGGGGGAAAAGAAAAUAAACGAACGACGAGUAACGAUUGACAAACAAACAAACAGACAGACGGAGAAAGAGAGAGAGAGAGCGAUAUAGUAAGAAAAAGGGAGACAGAGAUGUUGAUUGUGUGUGAGCCAGAGCGAGAGGGGUAAAGCAAAUAUAUGAUAUAUAUUUAACUAUAUUUUGUGACGAUGAGUAACUAAACAAUAAUUUAGACAACAACAACAACAAUGAUAAUGAUAAACAAACAAGAAAUUAACGAUAAAGAAUUUAAUAUUUCCCUUCCAAACCUACCAAAAACCCAACCAACCAACCUACAAAUACCCUCUUCUCUCCACCAUCCCGCUCUCCAUUAACUUUCUUCUUAGCUUUCUAAAAGUUAUAUAUACUUUUUGAGUUGUUGUAAUUUGGUAACUUUUUUAAUAUACCUACAUAUAUAUCUAUAUAAAUAUAUAUAUAUAUAUAUUAUUUUUUUUUUUUAAAUUUCCUUUGUAGCGUUUUUGAAACGAAUUUCCCUAUCUGCCUUCCCCCUUCCGAUACCCCAUCAACUACUCUCCCAACCUUUUCCUUCUGAUAUCCUUUUGGAAAAAUGAGUUUUGACUUAAAAAUAUAAUUCCACGCAAAAUUCAUUAAAAACAAUUACAAGAAAA